GUCGUCUCUCUCACAAAGUUUCAAAAUCCUCUCGCAAUGGCUGACACUGAUACUCCUCCGCGUUUCUUUAAGGUUUUCAUCUCCCAUUUCAGCUCCAAUUCCAUGCUGAUCCCCAUUUCCUACUAUGAUGAACUUCCACCUCGUUUGCCCAAAACGGCGAUUCUCCGAGGAACUGGUGGUUGCUCAUGGAACGUGGCGAUGAAGAGGAAGCAAGAUGAGGUGUAUUUUGAACAAGGAUGGGUCAAAUUCGUUAAGGACAAUUCUCUCAGCGACGGAGACUUUCUGACCUUCGUCUAUAAUGGAGACCGCAUUUUCGAGGUCAGCAUCUAUGGCCCUGAUGGAUGUAAAGAGGUUAGAGCAGUCACUGAAGCUGACGACGACGAGGAAGAUAGCAGCAACGACACAGAUGCUAUUUCUGAAUCCGAGGUGGCCAAUACAAUCCCGAGAACCAAGAACAAAGGAAAGUCGAAAGUUGAAGUUGUGGAGGAGGAGUCUGAUGACGACGAAGAAGACAGUAUUUAUGCAGACACGGAAACAGAAACUGGUUCUAAAUUCAAGAUGGCCAAAACAAUCCCGAGAAGCAUCAACAAAGGAAAGAUGAAAGAGGAAGUUGUGGAGGGUGCUGAUGAAGACAGCGACAGUGAUUAUAAUGAAGCUUUUGGUGGCUUGGAUUUUGAAGAGAAUUUCAACAGUGACAGUUCUUAUGCUCCGGAUAGCGAAGACACAGCCACUUACGUCGAACCAAAGGUGAAAAAUCUGAAAAAGAAAGGUUUUCCAGGAAAGUCUAAAUUAACAGAAGAUGUGGAUGUAACAUCUGAUUCUGUGAAACCGCCAAAAAAGAGGAGGGAGAGAGUAAAGCCGAAGAUCAAAAAUCCAGAGGCAUAUUUGGAUAAUCCAAGGAAUGUAUAUUUUGAGACAGGCGUGAAGAAGAGGAGAUUCGAGUUGUUGGUCCAUGCACAACUCGUGAAAGACUAUUCCUUAAAGUUUGAAAAAAACAUUUAUUUCAUCGACAAUCACAAUGCGGGGAAGCUACUAGCGGAAACAGCAGUGUGGAAUGAUGAACGUGUGUGUAUUAAAGGAUGGCAGCACAUUUGCGAGAGGAACCAAGUGAAGAAAGAAGAUGGCAUCUUGUGUGAACUCUUUCGCAAGCGAGAAUUGGUUUACGCAAUUAAAGUUCAUAUCAUCAAGGCAAAAGAUCUGUGAGCAUUAUUGGUAAUAGGUGAGGACCUGAUGGUUUAGACUUUGUAGUGCAGUUAAAUUUUCCGUAAACGUUUGUGUAUAUUUAGAAUAUGUCCAUUUUCUAGUAGCGAAUGUGAACUAAUUAUAGACUCUGUUUUCCAUUAUAUUGGAUGUUGUUCUAAUUAGUAAA